UGAAGUUUAUUCAUGUUAAAGGUAAACAUGUUUUGAAAGUUUCAUGCUGUCUGCCGGUUACCAAGUGCACAUUAUUACAAGUUAAUAUUAUUCAUUAAAUUUUCUUUGCAGACGAACAAUGGAAACCACAAAAAUAUUAUGGCCAGCAUUAAAAUAUUCCAAUCGUUAUUUGCUAAAAUUAUUAAAGCAUAGACACUGCAGUAGUUUAAACAGCACCUGGAGAAGUUAUUCUACUGAACAGCCACAAGCCCAAGAAGUUAUUUCAAGAGAAAAAAUUCAAUUAUCAAAACCUUCUAUUGUUAAAUGGAAACGACCACCAUUUCUUAAAGAUAUUUUUCUGGGUAAACUUGAUGUAGAAUUAUUAGCAUUUCCUGAAAUUUUAACAAAGGAGCAAGUAACUGAAUUAGAAGAUAUUGUGAAAAAUCUCAAUGACUUCAUGAUAAAAAGAGUAAAUUCACAAGAAAUUGACAAAAAUGCAGUUAUACCAGAAGAUGUUUUACAGGAAUUGAAAGAAAUGGGUUUAUUUGGUCGUAUCAUUCCAGAAAAAUAUGGUGGUUUAGGGCUGUCUUACACAUCAUCUACACGUUUAAAUGAAGUUCUUGGCUUAGAUUGGUCUGUAGCAAGUACUUUAGCAGUUCAUGAGUUCUUUGCAGCUGAGGCUCUUCUUCAUUUUGGUUCUGAAACUCAAAAAUCACAUUACCUUCCCAAAAUGGCAUCUGGAGAAAUUGUUGGUGCAUAUUGUUCUUCUGAAUUAAAUAGUGGCAGUGAUUUGUUAUCUAUGUCUACAAUAGCAAACAAUUCUGGAGAAGGGCAUUAUCUUCUUAGUGGUACAAAAUCUUGGGUGUCUAAUGCUGGUUUAGCAGGACUUUUUAUUGUUUUUGCUAAAACACAAGGCGUAAUGGAUCCAAAGCAGGCGGAUAUAACGGCAUUUCUAGUUGAUAGAAAUAGUAAAGGUUUAACUGUUACAAUGCAUGACAAAGUUUGUCUUCGUGGACUUCAAACUGGAAUGGUUCAUUUUGAUGAUGUAGUUGUGACACCCUUAAAUAUUUUAGGAGGAUUAGGUCAAGGUUUCAACGUUUAUUUAAAAUCAUUAGAAUCAUUCAGAUUUGCCAUGCAUUCAUUUACAUUUGGAGCCUUAAAAUCUCUUCUAGAUUCUGUCACAGAGCACAUCAUCCAUUGUGAAAGAUUAGAAAAAUCUUUGGCUGACUACCAGUUAGUGAGGACUAGGUUAUCUAGAAUUACUAAUAUGAUUUAUGGUAUGGAAACAGCAUCUUAUUUUACUGCAGCCAUACUUGAUUCAACAGAAAAACCAGAUAUAACUUUAGAAACCACUGCUUUAAAGAUAUUUAAUUCUGAAGCAACCUUAGAUUGUCUACGGGAACUCAUGGAUGCUUUGGGUUCUUCAGGUCUGAUGCCAGGAUCUCACUUAGAAAAAUUCCAUCGAGAUGCUUUAGGAUUAGCUAUGUUUGAUAGCCCAAAUGAUGUUGCUCGACUUUAUUUAGGCUUGCAGGGAUGCAAAUAUGUUGGAGAACAUGAGCUGGAAAAGAUAAGAAAAUUACGAAAUCCGUUCUUUUUUCCUUAUGACAUUAUGAAAGAACAUAUUCGUCAGCUGAGAAUUCGAUGGAAUCUUAUAAAAUAUGAGCAAGACAUUGCUGGACAUAUUCAUCCAUCCUUAGUGGAAUGGGGAAAUAAACUGGAGAAAUGCUUACAAAACUUUGAAGUAGCUUCUGCAACAAUCUUGUCAGAUCAUGGGCAAAAAGUAGUAGAAGCUCAAAUUGAUCCUAGAAAAUUAGCUGAUAUUGCUAAGGAACUGUAUGUUUGGGCAGCUGUUCUGUCAAGAUGUUCAAGAUCAUACUGCCUGGGCAUGAAAAAUUCUCAUCAUGAGCUUCGUCUUGCAGAUGCUUUCUGCUAUGAUGCAUUCUUGAGGGUUGCUAUAAACAUGGAUGCUAUUGCUAUUGGUAUUGCUAAAAAUAAUGAAAGAAAUCAUCUUAUGCAGGGAGAGCAGAUUGUAGAUUGCCGAGGAUAUUUUCCAGAACAUCCUUUGAAACACAAUUUUUAAUUUGUAUAUAGUUAAUAAAAUGGAUUUUAUCUUGUC